GUAACCUGCCCAAGUGAGGGGUCAUCCCAUCUGAGAUCGACAUAUACUCGCUUGUCAGCUGAGUAAACUCCUGGGAAACAUUACAAACCCCACAGGCCCACUCUUGAGCUCCACCUCCAACGUUAUACGCGCGAUGACAAUCUCGAUUAAUUCGCGAUUGCUAGACGGGCAUCUUCCAUCCAUCAGCCAAAUCAUGUCGUUUUUCUAUGGCUUUGUCUUGAGCUUGCUGAUCGCCUACUUCGUUCAUAUGUGGCAUGAAUGGCGCCGCCUCUCACAUGUUCCUGGACCUGCUUGGGCAGCUUUCACAAGGUUGUGGAUGGUUCGCCAAACUUUAAAGCAGCGACAGCCCUAUGCGUUUAAGAAGGUGAAUGAGAUAUAUGGCUCACUCGUCCGCGUCGGACCCAACGAGGUUGUCACCAAUGACCCAGAAGUUAUGCGUAGGAUGAUGGGCGUGCGGUCAAACUAUACACGUGGUAACUUCUACAAGGCCGCGAAAUUCGACCCUGCGCGCGAUAAUCUGCUAUCUAUGCGCGACGAACUCGCUCACUCACAAUUACGCGCAAAGAUGGCCGCAGGUUACUCCGGAAAAGAGAACGAAUCGAUGGAGAGCACCAUUGCUAUACAUAUAGCGAAUUUCAUUCAUCUGAUCGAAACAAAGUAUCUAUCAACGACUCAAAUCUACAGGCCUGUGGACUUUGGUGAAAAGGCGUCAUUUUUCACCCUGGAUGUGAUUAGCGACCUAGCUUUUGGCCAGGCUUUUGGAUAUCUCGACACGGACGAAGACAAGUACGACUACUUAGAGAUAACGAAGGCAUCGAUCCCAUUCAUGAUGACAGUAGCCGAUAUACCCGCUCUGGCGGAUGUACUGCAGUCACGGGUUCUGAGAAAACUUUUCCCUUCCGAAACUGACAAACUCGGCUUCGGCGCUUUCAUUGGGGUUGCCAAGGACAUCGUGGCGGAGCGCUUUCAACCAGACGCAGAAACUCGCUUUGACAUGCUUGGAUCAUUCAUUCGUCAUGGUUUGACCCAAGAUGAAGCCGCAGGAGAGGCACUCCUCCAGAUAAUCGCCGGAAGUGACACUUCAGCCAAUACCGUUCGAGCAUUCAUGCUGCACGUACUUACUAACCCUACCUCAUACAUGAAGCUCCAGUCUGAGAUCGACGAAGGAAUUCGUACAGGAGGGAUAUCGUCUCCGGUUACUGACGCUGAGGCGCGCAGUAUGCCCUAUCUGCAAGCAGCGAUCAAAGAGGCGCUUCGAAUGAUGCCACCCGCAACAGGGGCUAUGUUCAAGCAAGUGCCGCCAGGUGGAGACGUUAUUGAUGGCAAGUAUCUUCCCGAAGGCACACAAAUUGCAGGGUCAAUCCUCGCUAUCCAGCACUCCAAGCGAAUUUACGGCCCAGAUGCAGAUAUCUUUCGACCAGAGCGUUGGAUCGAGGCGAGCACCGAGAAAGCUGCUGAGAUGAGUCACACGGUCGAUUUGUGCUUUCAUUACGGGAAAUAUCAAUGUCUCGGCAGAGCAGUUGCAUAUAUGGAAUUCAACAAGCUGUUUGUAGAGCUCUUUCGGAGGUUUGAUUUUAGCAUCUGCCAGGCAGACAGGCCGACGAAGUUAUCAGUCGCUGGACUUUGGAUAAUGGAAGACUUUUGGAUACGUACCCAGCAUCGCGAAAGCGCUAAGUAGCGUUGGUGUGAAGGACUAAACUUCAUGUUGAAGGUGAUUUCAAUUUUUGAAGAUGUCACGCGUCUUUUUGUUGCUACACAAGAAGUGGCACUGAGCAGUGACUGGCUAGUUAUCUCCCUCAAAAAUGGUCCUUUUCUUUCGCUGACAAAGAGUCGGUGAGUGA